AUGAUCAACGGCAAGGUCUUGAUUAUUGCCGGCUCAGACCCUUCCGGGGGAGCUGGCUUGGAGGCAGACCAAAAAGUCCUUGCCGCGCAUGGCUGCUACGCAAUGGCAUCAACCACGGCACUAACCAUCCAAAACACAAAAGGCGUAACAGGAGUCCACGUCAUUCCAUCAGACUUUGUUGGAAAGCAGAUUGAAGCCUGUCUCGAAGAUGUCAUUGCCAAACUAGUCACCAAGUACAAAAUCCCAGCUCUAGUUGUGGACCCGGUCAUGGUCUCAACAUCAGGAGCCCAGCUCCUCCCCCACGAAGCCAUCGCCCAACUGUCCCAGCAUCUUCUCCCUCACACCACCCUCCUCACCCCCAACAUCCCAGAAGCAACCCUCCUCUUGACGCAGAAUGGCCAUGAAGUCGGCGAGAUACAGUCCGUCGCCGACGUCGAAGUCAUGGGGCGCAAGAUCCAGGAGCUAGGACCGAAAUGGGUCCUCGUCAAGGGCGGCCAUAUGCCGUUUCGACGAGACUUUUCAGUCGCAAAGACCAACGAAGAGCGAGACAUCAUUGUCGACGUUUUGAUUGGGCCAGGAGGCAGCGUAUUCCGCGUGGAGAGUCCGUAUCAAGAGAGCACGAGCACUCACGGAACGGGCUGCUCGCUGGCUUCUGCUAUUUCUGCUCGUAUUGCUCAAGGCGCCGACGUUCCUACAGCUGUCCGCGGAGCUUGUCGAUACAUCGAAGCAGGCAUCAAGACGGCUCCCCUGAUUGGAGGCGGAAAUGGACCGCUUGAUCACUUCCAUUCCACAUACACGCUUCCUUUCUCUCCAGGGUAUUUUGUCGAGUAUCUGCUUGAGCACCCGGCUGUUCGCGACGUGUGGAAGGAGUUUGUCUAUCAUCCCUUUGUCAUGGCCCUCGGCAACGGUACACUGCCCCUUGAGUCGUUCAAAGGCUACAUCAUCCAAGAUUACCUCUAUCUAGUUCACUUUUCUCGAGCAAACGCCCUAGCAGCAUACAAAGCAAAAAGCAUCGGCGACAUCUCAAGGUCCAACGAAAUCGUCACCCACAUCCUCCACGAAAUGAAGCUACACAUCAACUACUGCAACUCCUUCGGCAUCUCCGAGCCCGAAAUCCAAGCCACCGAAGAACUCCAAGGCGAAGACUGGCUCGCCCUCCAAAUGGCCCUCGCGCCAUGCCUCCUCGGCUACGGCGCCGUGGCAAAGAUGCUGCACGCACACGCGGCGACCGUCCGCGAAGGAAACACUUUCUGGGCGUGGAUCGAAAACUACAAUGCUGAUGACUAUGUGGAGGCGGUGAGACUAGGGAGCGAACUCAUCGAGAAGAAUAUCCGGUUACAGUCGCCGAGCCGGAUAGAAGAACUCGUCAAGAUCUUCGUACAUGCUACAAAGAUGGAGAUUGGCUUUUGGGAAAUGUUCCCAUACAAAUAG